AUGUCGUCCAGAUCUCCAGUCAGGAUGUCCGACUCCUCUGCUGAAGAUGAUCAGAGGAAGGCGGAGCCUACCAGCAGGAAGUGGGCGGAGCCUCAGCCUGGUCCAUCCAGGGUUGAGCCCAGCAGACAGGGUUACUGUGGAUACUGUAGAGUCCUGUACAGGAACCUGGACCAGCGCUUUCUUCAGGACGUCCUGCAGCACCACCCGCAUCGCUACGACGACCCCAGACCCUCCCACACUGACCUCCCAUCAGUGUCUGCCCCCCUGCUGCCGAGGGCGGAGCUUGAUGAACGUUUCUCUGACAACGACAGCCAGUGUCGCGGUACCCAGGAACACCUGCCGAGCUCUGAUGAUGCGUCCUGUCAGCCAGCCAGUCGACUGGAAGACGAUGCUGCCCGCAGCCAAUUGGGAGAGAGGGCAGGUCAGGAGAGGCUGUCUGCACCAAUAAGAGAGCAGAAGGGAGGGGUCACUGACCACACACAUGCCGCUCACCGCAGAGCCCUACCCACACAGUCUGAGGACCCACACUCUCAGUCUCAGGCUCCACCCCCUGUCCACAGGAAAGCCCACAGAAAGACUAACAGGAGGAAAACCAGCGACUCCUCGUCCUCCUCGCAGCCCCCCAGAGGUCCAGGCCCCAACCGCCGGCCCCACCUGACCCUCACAGACCUCCGGCCCAGCCUUGAUGGUUGUCAGAAGCCCUGGAUCGCCUGGCAGAGGGAGAGGAGGGAGGCCCACAGGGAGGAGGCGUUCUCCUCGGACCACACGGACCCGCUGGACCGGACCAUCGAGGAGGUGAUCCAGAAGUAUUGUCAUGGCGUCACUUCCUGCCAGGAUGAGACUGACAGCUUCCGGCUCAGUAUUUCUGUCUCCAUGGAAACACAGAGUGAAGAAUGGGACUCACCUGUGCAGGUGGUCUUCCAGCGAGCGCGGACUCUCAGAGACACACCCGUGCAGGUGAGUCGGACGGAGGGGCGGGACCUCGGCCGUCUGAUGGAUACGCAGGUGGACGUGGAAGACCAACUGUACUCACACCAGUUGGACUCUGCCCUCCACGGGCCCGGUGACGUAGUGGAGGACGGGUUCUGGGCCCUGCCCAUUGAGGAGGUACGGCCGGCCCCAGAGCGUAUCCCAGAAUCCUUCAGGGGGAAGACCUGGACUCAGAUCGAGCAGGAGGACGAGGAGAAGGUGGAGAGGCUGGUGAGGCAGUUCAGGCGCGGGCGCUUCAUCUGCUACUUCGACACAGAGUCCCUCGCCAGGUAUGGUAGGCGGAGCCAGAAGAAGAAGGAGCAUGCUGUCCCUGAGGCGGUGGAGCCAGAUGCAGGUGUGCUGCCCUUGAUGGAGCAGAAUGAGGCUGACUCUCUGUACGUGAGGAGGAGGAGGGGCAGGAGGCGGGGCUUCAGGCUGGCAUCCAGGUGUCAGGUGGUGAAGGUCAGUCACAGCACUCAGACCGUCCGAUUGGUCAUUCCUGCUGUUCAUCAGCUAUCUCCAGAAGCCCAGCCCACCGGCAACCCAGAAGCCAAUCAGGAGGCAGCUGAGAGGACACCUGAUGCGCAGACAUGGCGUUCUCUCCCCUCAUCCUACUCCAGCAUUAUCACACCUGUGCAGCCAGGCACCUCACUGGUCUACCUGCUCUCCUCUCCAUCAGGCCCCACCCCCACCUGCUUGCCCACGGCAGGCUCUGCCCAGAAACAUUGCAGGAAGAAACGGCGUCCGCUGGACCAGCAGGGGUUGAAGGUCAAAUACAAGCGGCUUCCUGUCAAGUUCUAUGACCCCACCUCCAACCGUGUCCUUAAGAACCCACCCAGAGGCUUCCUGUGGCACAGAAGCUCCUCCCCCUCUGCCACCACCACCUGUGUUCGUCAGUUGUUCAGGAGUCUGAGCCCAGACCUGAACACUGACAAACCGCCCAUAGAGGUCAAAGGUCACAGCAGCAACUUCCUCCUGAGCACACUCACCAGGGACUCUGCUCAGACUGACACGUCUCAGGCUCCGCCCCUUGAUGGCCAGACAGAGAGCCGAAGGGAUGUUAGAAGGGAGAGGACACGCCCCCCAUCCUCCCAGAGACGAACAAGAGCUCAGGCCACGCCCCCUCCACCCAGGAGGGAGGCACUGCGCCGGGCUGGACCUGGCAGGAAACUCCCGGACUCUGCGGGUCACGCCCCCCUGCUGUCAUCUCGCCGGGGGAGGGGCCGCAGGCCACGGAGAUAGCAAGGUAGACACCUGUCAGAUUUUCAAAAUAAAAGACUUGUUUUUCAUAAAACCUGAUUGAGCUGGUUAUCGUGAGGUUAUUGAUGAGGGUAUUGAUCAGUUAUUGGUGAAUAAUGUAGCAGUUUAUAAAUGAGGCCGUAUGGAGGCCUGCUGGUGCCAAUAUUGUAAUGACUCAUAAAUUAAAACUCUGAAUCCAUUUAUCAUUUUUACUGCAUUUGUAUCUUGACUCACCUGUUGCUCACCUGUCCAGGUGUGAGCUAACAUCUCUUAAAAGCUGAGUUUCUUUUGGCCAAAAUGAUGUUUUCAAACCUGAUAAUUAAAAUGUAAAAAUCUAUUUAUGAAGUUUAAUGUCACAUUUUAAUUUUUUAAAAUUUUGAAUAUUGUGUAGCUUUUGUUAUUUUUAAUUUUAAAUUUAAGUUUACUUUAAGUUUUAUUAUGAUGAGAAAUGUCUGAGUAAAAUUGAUAAAUGGAUUUUAUUUAUUAUGGGCAAAAAAAACUAUAAAAAUGAGAAAAUGUUAUGAAACACAAUUAUAUUUAUUUAAAUUUCUUCAUAAAUUGUUACAGAAACAUGAAAAUGAGACUUGAUGAUUUGACAAAGAUCCUGGCAGCUGUAUGCCUCCAUAACAACACACCUGGUACAUUUUCUGCAGGUGAACUUUGAUACUUUUUGUAUCUGAAUUUAUUUAAUGUUUAAAUAAAAUUUUCUAAGCUGGA